AUGAAAGCACACAAUAGAAAAAAAAGGUAUACACAGCGGCUGCACGUCCUCCCAUUGAAAGUGCACCUCUCUAACAUCCGAGGUCUGCACUCCAAUCUCGAAUCUGUCCACCACCACCUAGAAACAGAAAAACCGCAGCUGCUGUUCCUCACUGAGACGCAGAUCAGAUGUCCGGCUGACACGGCGUACCUCAGCUACCCCGGGUAUUCUCUGGAGCACAGGUUCAUACCUCGUGCCGGAGUCUGUGUGUACGUCCGUGAUGACAUUUGCAUCAAGCGUCUUAAGCACCUUGAGACAUCCAGUUACUCCAUCCGAUGGGUUCUGGUGGACACAGGACAGGAGAAAAUCCUGUAUGCCUGUGUCUACCGUUCGCACAGUGGAGACGUGGAAACAACUCAGUUAUGUGACCAUCUUACCCUAACGGCGGAUAAGGCUCGAGAGCGUUACCCUUCGGCACAGUUAGUCAUCCUGGGGGACUUCAACGCCCACCACCAGGAGUGGCUAUACCCAUACCAGGUGCCCGACCAUGCUGGGAGAGAAGUGCGUAAACUAGCCUUGACGCUAGAUCUCACCCAGCUUGUAAAUUGUGCUACCAGGGUACCAGACGUAGACUCUCAUACCGCCAACUGCUUAGACCUAUUUUUAACAACUGAUCCACACAGUUACUCAAUAACAGUUUCUGCACCACUGGGUACCUCUGACCACUGUCUGGUAAAAUCUAUAUCCGUCUGUUCCCCACCCGAAGAAGCCCCAUGUGGCCCAAGACGGUUCGGCGCUACAAGGCAGCGGAUUCACUUUUUCUCGUCCUAUCCUUGGCGAGAGGUAUGCUUUUCUUCUGAUGAUCCGUCGAGCUGCGCUGAAGCCAUUACCGCGGUUAUACGCCAGGGUAUGGAAUAUUUUAUACCAUACUCUGACGUAGCGACGAAUGGAAAAUCUCGCCCAUGGUUUGAUGCGGAAUGUUAUCGUACAGAAGCCAAAAAGCGGUCGGCAUACACUGCAUGGGCUGAAGCUCGAACGCGCAAGUCUCCAAAUUCUCGGAAUUAG